ACAUGUUUCUAUCAGGUGAUUUAUUGGCACAGAGAUUUUUAUGAACCUCUGAAGGACAAUUCAUUAGAUUCGACUGAACUUUUCAAUAGAAGAUAAAGAAGAAGUUGUGGAGUUGUCGUCUCUUUAAAAAUGAGAGAAGCCACAUAUAUGAACCAGGAGCACGUAGAGUUCCUAACCAAGAAAGAGAGGAGGUCAUCAACAUACAAAAGGUCAUCGCCGAAAAGGACUGGCAUCCUCAUCGGUAGUCUUGUGGUGCUUCUUAUCCUCUUGGCUGUUGCUGGAUUCCUCAUUUGGUUCUUCCUCUUUAAGGACGCUGAUUCCCAAGCCACCGUAAGGAAGCAGCCAAAUGUGAGGCUUUUUAGUGGUCACCUUAACAUGGAUGGUGAGAGGUAUUACCAAAAGCUGGAGGAUACAUCCAGCAAAGAAUUUCGUGGUUUGGCUAAUAAAGUAGAGACCCUUCUGGGGGAAUUCUACAAGAAUGAUCUACUUCUUGCAAAGUAUUACAACAGAUCUGUAGUCACUGCCUUCAGUGAAGGAGUUAUAGCCUAUUACUGGUCCCAGUUUAAUAUUCCAGUCACAAACCUGGAGAUUUUGCCAGAGUUCUCAGAGCAGCGGAUUUCGGAUGCACUGGAAAAAGGCAUUAAGUCGCAAAACCGCGCAAGACACAGUAAUCAAAUCAGGGUUACUGAAAUUACUGCUUCACUCACAGAUUAUCGCAUGGCCAGGAAACCCACAGCAGAGGACUGUUUCUUCCGUCUGGAAGCAGUUAAAGCUGCACAAAACUUUUCAUCUCCAGGGUACCCCAGACACUACCCGCCGAACUCUCAUUGUCAGUGGCAAAUCCGGACCUCAAAAGAGAAUGCCAUAUCAGUUAGUUUUCCAUUUUUCCACAUUGAAGAUGAUUGCAAGGAUGACUUUGUCUCUAUCUUCGACUCUCUGAGUCCUGACGAUUCUCAGGCCAUCACAGUUUCAGCUCAGCAGUGUGGAGGUAAACUCUCUGGAAACAAUGGAAAAUUCACGUCGCCACUUCAUCCAAUCUUCUAUCCUCCUUCCAUGGACUGCAAGUGGACCAUCAAGGUUUCUCAAGGUAAAAAAGUACGUGUGACUUUCAAGAUAUUCAGCAUGAAAGAGCCUAAUGUAGACACUAGCAGGUGUCACAAGGACUAUGUGGAGAUCAUGGGGCAACGAUAUUGUGGGGAUCGAUCAUUCUUAGUUUUGACCAGUGAUUCUAACGUCCUUGAGGUGAAGUUUCACUCUGAUGAGUCCUAUACUGACAAGGGCUUUCUUGCAGAGUAUGAGGCCUUCAAUCAUUCUAACGCUUGCCCUGGUGAGUUUGCCUGCAACAAUGGCAUGUGCAUCGCAAAGAAACUACAGUGUAAUGGCUGGAACGACUGUGGCGACAUUAGUGAUGAGAAAAACUGCCGUAGGUUGAUCAUACAACUCUUUUAUUCCCUUAAUAGCUCUUCUUACUAUCAUUUUCCCUUCCAUGUCCCCCUUUCAUUUGAAACAAAGAAAUACCGCUCACAGCCGCAGGAGUACCAGCUGUCUGAUUGCGAACCAAACGAGUGGAGGUGUGGAAAUGGAGUUUGUCUUCCUCAAGAUGUUGUAUGUGACAAUGUAAUGGACUGUGAGGAUGGAAAUGAUGAGGCCACAUGCAAAUCCUCCCCAAAUAUGUGCUCUGACUACAGCUUUAAAUGCGACAGUGGGAAAUGCAUCAACAAGGUGAAUGCUGAAUGUGACCAUGUCAGUGACUGCUCUGAUAAUUCAGAUGAAGCUCACUGCGACUGCGGCAUCAGGCCUUACAAGAUGACACGCAUCAUAGGAGGGCAGAACGCAGACAGUGGAGAGUGGCCCUGGCAGGUCAGCCUUCACUUCAGGACAUCUGGCCAUGCUUGCGGCGCCUCAAUCAUCUCGGAUAGGUGGCUUUUGUCUGCAGCUCACUGUUUCAAAUUUUCCCAUGAACAUGGUCUUCAAGCCAAUUGGAUUACGUACAGUGGAUUGCAGUCUCAGUAUGAGCCAGAGAAAGCUCAGAUGCGUAAAGUGAAGAGAAUCAUCCUCCACCCAUCUUAUGAUCAAGUGACCUCUGACUACGACAUUGCUCUGCUAAAGCUUAGUGAGCCUCUAGAGUUCAGCAACACCGUCCAACCAAUCUGCCUCCCUGCAUCCUCUCAUGUCUUUCCUCCAGGAAUGACGUGCUCGAUCACAGGCUGGGGAGUUACACGGGAAGGAGGGCGCAAGGCGAUUAUGCUUCAGAAGGCAUCAGUGAAACUCAUUAAUGAUGAAGUAUGUAAUAAGUUCAUGGGGGGCCGGGUUACAUCCAGGAUGUUCUGCAGUGGAUUCCUUGAAGGAGGAGUCGACGCAUGCCAGGGAGACUCUGGAGGCCCCCUGGCAUGCCUUGAGGAAAGCGGGAAGUGGUUUCAGGCUGGCAUUGUUAGCUGGGGUGAGGGCUGCGCUCAACGGGACAAGCCUGGAAUCUACUCCCGUGUUAUCAAGUUCAGAGAAUGGAUCAAGGAGAAAACAAACAUUUAAAGAUCAGGAUGAUGUGAGGAGCAGCAGUAAGAAUAAUAGAGUCCUAAAAAUGCUGAACACAUAACAUUUUAGUAUGAUUUUAUUAUGAUUCAGGUCAACUCUCUUUGAGUUUAAUCUCUUUAACAGUCAGGGUAGCGUACUGUUUAUUGGGGCCCAACUGUUGAUAUAAAUGCUUAAAUUAUUUCCUUGGCGAUCUCCCA